UGCGGCCAUCAUGUUUCUGUACGCUUCAUCGGAGCCUUACAUUUGAAACACACAAUCCCUGUGCAGGCCAAGUGCACCAAUAAUGAAGAGCUGAUUUUUGCAGACUGGGUAUCUUGGCAUGUUUUCUUUAAUUUCUUUGCAAUUUUGCAUGUUCAGCCCAAGCGUUGCAAAGCGGGCUGGGCGGUCAACCUCAAGAUGUCAGCCGUUUCGGAUACGGCUGAGAGACGGUACGCACCGUAGACUGCUCCUACUUACCCUCGUCUGUCUUUACUCCGACUGUGAAACCACAUGGAUCAGCAACAGGGGAAGACCGGUCGCCUGACAUCAACAGUGCCCAGCGACGACUCUAGCGGCUCGCUGAACGUCAACGAAAUGUUACGCGCGCACGACUCCAGCAAUCUUUUGGCCAUCUCAUUCUCUUCCCUACCAAGCUCAACUAGCACACAUUCCUUUGGCGACAUACCGGAUUAUCCCCAUGCUAGAUGUUUACCUCUACUCUUCGUCAACCUCACCCAAACGCCCACUUUACUCUGUCCUGGAUCGCAGUCGCCCAGUCAGUCAUCGAAGGUGAUCAUAUCAGUGCCCACAGCGCCUCGUAUGCGGAUCAUGCUGUUGGAGCCUAUCUCUGUGGCUCGGUGGUCGGAACAAAUUGCAGAAUUUGCGUCUAACGGUUGCCAAGUCGCAGAGGCAGACGCCAUAUCCGAGGGAUGCCAACCGCCGAUUUGGAAGGCUGAAGGAUCUCUGUAUCCUCCCGAAGACUUUCAAGAGAUAUUGCAAGAGCGACGUACAUCUCGGCGUCCCUCUACAUGUGUGGCGACGCGCGCUUUAAAGGAAGAACCAUCAAUGGCCCAAACUGUCGAUACCUCGUGUUAUGAUCCAAGCGUGGACUCGAUGGCUAUGAACUGUUCUGCGGAGGCCUUGGACAAGUCUGCACGAUCCGUGCGCGUACCUACCAUUACGUUAUCGAAUUCCACCGCGGUUAUGCCCAUGCCUCUUUCGCUGGAAUCUUCUCAAUGCAUUACCUCUAUCGCUGCGCGUCGCGGUUGCAAGGGUCCUGCUCCACUCGAAUUACCUGCGCCGAACAUCAAUCUUUCCGUGAACGGUCUCUAUCCUGGGAUUCCAACACCCUUUCUUGGCUCUCCAAGUGCUUACAGCCCGAAAUUCGAGUUCGCUCAGAAUCCCUCCGGGUUUUCCAUGAACUUGGCCAGUAUGUGUCAAGAUCUGCGAUCCCGCUGUCCUCCCCUACACCCUCCUUCUCCUCCCCGAGAGGGUCCAGCCACUCCAGUUUCUCCUCUCAGCGACUCGGACUCUUCCGAUAACCCUGCAUCUGAUUCCGAUUCGGAUGACUGGGCUUUUGCAAAGGAUCUUCUGGCCAUGCACAGCAAACCAGCGGCUAAGAAAUUCUCUGAGGACGGCCACACCACCAAAUCUUUGUCUGAAGCAUCACUAAUAGAAGGCGACCCUUUUUCCCUGGACUCGGCGCCAACUCUUACUAGCUCCCCUCAGAGCGACUGCGAUACAUCGGAAUACUCUGCACUUGCCACACCUGAACAAAUUCCAAAAGACUCAGCACAUCAACGCCGCCGACGCACUGUCAUCAUCGAGACGCCUCGCAGCAGCAUAAGCGCAAAACCUGCACGUAUCACAGUUGAUCUUUCCCACUUGGCUGACGACUCUGACGACGCCACACCGCCCAUGGCCACCUUUCCUGCGCUUGAUGUGUCUCUACCCGUCGAAGUCACCCCAUCCCUAGACUUCGUAUCUGCGAUUCAGAGCACGCCGCACCUUCGACCUAUGAGCAACGCAACGAUCCGCCCCAUCCGCUCGAUCCUCAAGACGCGCGAGAAGAAACGCGUCCGAUUCUCCCUCAUGCCCGGCCAAGGCGGCGACAGCACGGACGACCUCAAAUCCGAGUUCGACGACGACGCCCCGGAGAGCCCAGGCAGGGGCCGCGAGCGCGCCGCCACCAUCCCGAUGUGCCACCGCCCCAGCAGCCCACACCACGCGCGUUUAAGCCUGACGAACGCGUUCAGUACGAACCGCGCGAGCUUCCCAAAGCACCCUGCCGUCAAGUCCCUCAAGCGCAGCACGCAGCAGCCGCCUGAUGGUACGCCGACGCCGGCUUCUAAGAGUACGAAGAUGCGGCAGAGCCUGCAACUCGUAUCCCGCGUUGUGGACAAGAGUGAGGUGGGGCCGCCAAGGAAGCUCGCGGGCCACGUCGCUAGGCGCUCGAUGCCUGCCGAGGUCCAGAGAUGCCAGGGCAAGCGGUGCUCGCGGAAUGAGAACUCUGGAAAGAGAUUUAGCGAGGAUGUGACGCUCGUGCAGAAGACGUCCAGCCCGCAGAAGAGCCGCAUGCCCUUCAGGUCGAUUCUUGGCAAGUUCAGAGCUUAGGCCGCAAUUGUAGCAUUAUGCAUCGCAGCACAGCAUCUUUUACAGUGCUCCUAUGUAUAAUAUUAUGACCAAUAUUCAUGAUGAUCCUCAACAUAACACGACCAACAUGCCAUUUAGUUCAACAACGCCCUUCGUGGUCAUAAGACGCAAUGUACAGCGGCACCGACGAGCUGGCCAUUUCACGCCGCGGACGGCCUGCUCUGCAGACGAUUCAGCUCAUACUCUGUUGAAUUCAGCUUUCAGCAGUGGAUCAAUGUGCCGAGAAGCGGGAUACUCACGGAUGAGUGGGCAGCUCGCGCCGAAUAACCGCAGCGCGGACGUCACCCUGUCCAAGGAGGCCAUAACCGGCAUAGGAUCGUGGCUCGUCAUCCAUCCCUUCUCCAUCUCGCUCAGGCACGCCGCCAGGGUCUCGCCCACAAUACCCCAUAAGAUCUAUAUGGAACGUUAGCACCGGGCACAGUGUUCGGAACCACGAAACAUACUCACGCCACCGAUAGUAUCGACGAACUGCAGAGACCGCUGGUCGACCUCGCCGAGCAGCGCCGCGGCCUCGAGCGCCGCGCUGAUGGCCCUGUCAUUGAGUGGCUCUGGUGUGUUGCUCACCUGUCCGGGCAAGGCGCUGUGCAUCAAGAUGUUGGCGCAGCAGCACAUAGUCUUGACCGUGAACAGUCAACGGACGAGGUCCGUGCGUGCAACGGGCGCGAGCGCGAGCGGAGGCAGCGUGUUUAUCCACGACUACACGCGGUUGCUAAGCUCUUGGAGGGCAGCUAGUGCGAUAUCGUCAAUGUUCGGUCUCAAUUCAAGGAAGUGAGUGGGCUGAGAGGCGUACUACCAUAAUCGUUCGUGGCACACAGUCGGGCGGUCUUGUUGAAGAAGAUUGCUGCCUUGGCUCGUAGUGAGAGAAUGCUCUGUUCGGGCUCGUUUGCGUUGUUGGAAGAUCUGAGGAACAGCUGUACGGUCUGUGUGCCGCUCGGUGCGGUGGGCAUAGGGAACUU